AUGGCGGACUGGGCGCCGGUGUUCAUCGGGCUGGUGCUCUUCAUCCUCCUCUCGCCGGGGCUGCUCUUCCAGAUCCCCGGCAAGGGCAGGAUGGUGGAGUUCGGCAACUUCCAGACAAGCGGCAUCUCCAUCCUCGUCCACGCCGUCAUCUACUUCGCCCUCAUCGCCAUCCUCAUCCUCGCCGUCAACGUCCACGUCUUCCUCGGCUGA